GGAUUGGAGCACCUGAAUCACAUGAUUGGGAGGGGAUUGGGAACACCUGAAUCACAUGAUAUGGAGGGGAUUGGAGCACCUGAAUCACAUGAUUGGGAGGGGAUUGGAACACCUGAAUCACAUGAUAUGGAGGGGAUUGGAACACCUGAAUCACAUGAUUGGGAGGGGAUUGGAACACCUGAAUCACAUGAUUGCGAUUGGGAUGAGGGGAUUGGAACACCUGAAUCACAUGAUUGGGAGGGGAUUUGAUCACAUGAAAAGUAGUAAGCAAGUUGUCACUUCUGACAGCAUCGCUUUCUACUUGUGAAAUCUGUGAAUGAUCACAGAGAUCACAUGGUA